UUCCUAUAUAUAUACUACUACUUCUGAUCAUUCCUCCGCACUAUAAUUCUCUUUUCUCCACUAAAUACGAUAGAAAAUGGACUCUACCAAAAUUUCAUCUCUUCUCUUCCUUUGCAUGUUCUUCACUUUCUCAGUUGCCACCGUAGUUGACCCUGACAGUGGCGCUUGUCCCCCCGUCAAGCCACCACCACUUGUUAAGCCCCCCAUAGUUGAGCCUCCUAUUGUCAAGCCCCCCGUUGUCAAGCCGCCUGUUGUCAAGCCACCCGUUAAGCCUCCAAUUGUUAAGCCCCCCGUUGUUAAGCCACCCGUAAAGCCUCCCGUCGUUAAGCCGCCCGUAAAGCCUCCCGUCGUUAAGCCGCCCGUUGUUAAGCCACCAAUUAAGCCUCCCGUUGUUAAGCCACCCGUAAAGCCUCCCGUCGUUAAGCCGCCCGUAAAGCCUCCCGUCGUUAAGCCGCCCAUCGUUAAGCCUCCCGUCGUUAAACCUCCCGUCGUUAAGCCUCCCGUCGUUAAACCUCCCGUAGUUAAGCCACCCGUCGUCAAGCCUCCCGUAAUUAAGCCUCCCGUAGUUAAGCCACCCGUCGUUAAGCCUCCCGUAAUUAAGCCUCCCGUAGUUAAGCCACCCGUCGUUAAGCCUCCCGUAAUUAAGCCUCCCGUAGUUAAGCCACCCGUUGUUAAGCCUCCUGUAAUUAAACCACCCGUCGUUAAGCCUCCCGUAGUUAAGCCACCUGUCGUUAAGCCUCCCGUAGUUAAGCCACCCGUCAUUGAGCCUCCCGUAAUUAAACCACCCGUCGUUAAGCCACCCGUCAUUGAGCCUCCUGUAGUUAAACCACCCGUCGUUGAGCCUCCCGUGGUUAAACCUCCCGUGAUUAAACCUCCCGUUGUUGAGCCACCCGUCGUUAAGCCUCCCGUAGUUGAGCCACCCGUUGUUAAUCCACCUAUAAAGUUGCCACCAGUGAUUCCCCCUGUUGUCACCCCACCCGUCAUCUUACCUCCAGUAAUUCCCCCCGUUGUUGAGCCACCCAUCAACAUGCCAAUGCCACCGGUGAGUCCUCCGGCUGUUGAGCCACCCAUCAACUUGCCAAUGCCACCGGUGAGUCCCCCUGUUGUUGAGCCACCAAUCAACUUGCCCCCGGUGAGCCCCCCCGCUGUUGAGCCACCCAUCAACAUGCCAAUGCCACCGGUGAGUCCUCCGGCUGUUGAGCCACCCAUCAACUUGCCAAUGCCACCGGUGAGUCCCCCUAUUGUUGAGCCACCAAUCAACUUGCCCCCGGUGAGCCCCCCUGCUGUUCAGCCACCCAUCAACUCGCCACCGGAGUGUCCUCCUAUUGCUGAACCACCAGUCGAUCUUCCUCCAGCUGCAGCCCCUCCAUUUGCUCCACCGCCAGGUGCCGCUAACCCACCAGAGGGAAGCGGCGAAGAACCAUGCCCACCACCGUCAUCAUCAGAAGGUGAUACUUGCCCAAUUGAUACAUUAAAAUUGGGCGCUUGUGUUGAUCUUCUUGGCGGGUUAGUACACAUUGGACUAGGAGACCCAGCUGUGAAUGAAUGUUGCCCAGUACUUCAAGGACUCGUUGAGACAGAAGCUGCCGCUUGCCUCUGCACAACUCUGAAACUGAAGCUUCUGAACCUCAAUAUCUAUGUCCCACUUGCUCUUCAACUUCUCGUCACUUGUGGAAAAUCUCCUCCUCCUGGUUACACCUGCUCCCCCUAGAUCCAAAUUUCAAGAAUAAUAGAGUUGCAUGCAUGUUGAAAUCGACUCGAGAAGAUGUCAAGCCUCUCCUAUCCGUCUAUUAGUCUAUUUUUCUAAGUAUCUUUGUUUUAAUUUCUUGAUUGGUAAUGUAAUGAUGAUGUUGGCUCAUAAUUGUACACCUAAGUUUCCGUUUCAAAAAAGUUAUUAUAUAUUUUGCCAUUUGCAUUUCCACA